AUGACCGAGGUGAACUCAGCGAACAGAGUGGUGAUAGUCGGCGCUGGGCCUAUCGGAGGCGCCAUGGGAUGCCUCUUCCGCCGUCAUGGAUAUCAAGUUGACAUAUACGAGAGAUACACUGAUAUUCGCAAGCACUCACACGCAGCUGGUCGCAGUAUUAAUUUGGUCCUCACCAGAAGAGGCCUUAGAUUUGCAGAGAUGCUCGGCGUUAAGGAGCAGCUACUAUCGCAUACAGUACCGGUCUAUGGUAGAACGAUGCAUGAUCUCAACG